AUGUCAGACCCAAUCACCGAAUUCGUGACCUUCACGCCGCGCGACCUCGCCUCCCAUCCAUCCGCCCCCUUCGGCGCCGUCGCGAGCACGCUUCUCGCCACGCCGGGCGUCGAGUCUUUGCACACGGGCCCGCAGCACGAGGACCCGGCCACGCACCUCCUCGCCAUCCACUGGACCUCGCACGCCGCCUUCACGGCCUUUGCCGCCUCGGACCGCUACACGCCCUGGCUCGCCGACCUCAAGGCCCUCCUCGCCGGCCCGCCGCGCUUCCACCAGGUCCGCCUCGCGCAUGCGGCGGCGGCCGUCCUGGCGGCCCCCUGCACCGAAAUGAUGACGGCCUACGACAUUGACAGGCCACUCUUCCCGGAGAACCUGCGCCUCUUCUCCGAGCGCAUGGCGGCCGCGUGCGCGGCGCAGGGCACAAGGGGGUGGCAUGCCAAUGCGCACGGCGAGGUCACGACGCCUAUUUCCAGGGACGUAGACGGGACGCCGGGGCCUGCUGCCGUGCUGCUCAUCGGGUGGGAUAGCGUGGAGGAUCAUGCUUUGGCCAAGGGGGGCCCUGGACCCAUUCUCGACAACAUUGAGCUCAUCAGGACGGGGCGAAAGGACGUCACAUUGCUGUAA